CAGGUGCAAAGAAGACAGCAAAUGUCUUACAGUGCAGUCCAAAGCAGUGCACGGAUGUUUUCAAUUCUACAUUAUGCUGACAGUGGUUAGAAUGUUUGUCGAAACCUAUCAAUUAAAGCAGUAAUGUAUCUACAUCUGUGUGGCAGUAAAUGGUCAGUUAUGCAUUGCAUAAAUUAUAUUUCAAGCAACAUAUACGCAAUAAACUGUGUUAGUUAUAGGAUCACGUGUCACACACAAUGCUCAAACCUCUUUAUGUACACCUGUCCAUCUGACAGAUGGGAAUGGGGGAGGGGUGGAGAAAGAGAGAGAGACGGUAGGAGAGAAAAUGGGUCAGAGGAAGAAGCAGAGGAUACAGAAAAAGGAUGCACAUGUCUAAUAAAAAUAGAAAUGAAAAUAAUCAAGCAGACAGGAUUUAAGAACAAAGCACAAAGCUACAGGGGGACAUCGACUAUGUUAAUUCUAGAUGUUAUUUUAAGCACACUACAAAACAAAAAAAUCUUGAUCAGAUGAAUCAUAAUCACAUAGCUAUGAAUCUUAAAAGCAUUGUGAAUAGAUAUGACAACAAUAUCAGAGUGACCAAAACGAAUGUGUCUUCCUAUGGUAUAGACAAUUGGGUUCCAAAGAUUUUUUCCAAAGGCUUUGAAUAGUCUUUAAGAGGAGCAGAUGUUAAUGGCUCAUAAAUAACUCAAAUGGAUUUGUUGAGGGUCAGAACAGGGGAGAGGUUUGUGUGUAAAUGCAUAUGUGUGUCUGUGUAAGAAAGCAGAAGAGAGAGUGAGAAAGCGAGCAACAGAGCACAUGGUGUGGACUGAGUGUAAAUUAGGACCAAGGCCAUUUUUAGGAGAGAAGGGACGGUGGCUGUAUAGCAAGAGGACAGAGUGACCUACACGCUCACUAAAUGACCAGCUUUUCUCGCUGGAAAUUGUGCAUGGUCUAAACAUUGUCGUAUGAGCUCCUUUUAUAUAUUGAUAACUUUUAAAUAAAUGGGGAAAUAUAGAUGUAUUUGCAUAGUUGACCCCUAGUUAGUUACUAAUUUCUAAGCAAACAAGACUUACAAGAAAUAUUUGAAUGGCUCACAAAAAAAAAAAAAACAAUCCAAUCUUCAUCUGCAAAAAAAAAAAAAAAAAAAAAAAAAAAAGUUUGAUGUCACAUUUAACAGAUAUAUGCAACAUUUUUCAGUGUUAUAGUAUUGCUACAAAAUAAAAUUGUUGUAGAGUUUUAACAUCUAAUCCAGUCAUUUCCUUAUACCUACUUUUUCUCAUUUCCUUUAACAUUUUCUUUUUCAGGUGGUAAUCAGUUACAGCAAAGUGUCUUGAAAGGAAAUGAAAUGACACAGUGAGUCAGUCUUUCACCUACAAUCAAUCAUUUUCAAAAAGAAAUACAAAACCUGUGCUAAAACUGAAAGACAACAAGUUGACAAAAUGAUUAAAUCCAAGAUUUGGUGAUAAUAUUGCUUAAUGAGAAUGAGAGAUUUACAAACACAUUUUAAAAGGCCAUGCAGUUAUUUUUUUAACAGGAACAUCAAAUUGCAGUGAAAAAGAUUAAAAUGUACUUAGUAUAGUAUUUAUAUUUAGUAUAAAUUGGUCAUUUUGAGUAGAAAAUUAAUGUCAAAAAAAACAGCAAGUUACUAAACCUAACAACAAAAGCAACCAUAAAGCAGUGUAAAUGCAACUCAAAAACAGUGAAAAAUUCAACCUUAUUAAUUAUUAAUGCCCCUUCAUGGGAACACCAGUAUCAUAACUUUGAUAUUUACUCAAAGAAUCCAUGUAAACAUAACAAACAAUUCCAAGUAAAAUAUACUUAUGAGUUCAAACUUUAAUUUCUACAAGCUUGAAUUGAGUACUGAUGUAGAAUUUACUCUUUUUUUAAAUUCUUGUCUGAACUAAAUUAUUUAAUGUAGAAAUUACAUUUGUUUUUCUGUAGUAUUUACCACAGAAUCAUUUUUAUCAGUGUUGGUAAUUUUACAAGCACAAGCGCAAAUGAUAAUACUAAAUGACAUUAAACAUUACAAGGAACCUCUUAACGGUCUUGGGGCUGUGGGGAGCGUAAGACAAAAUAAGCAAGCACUGCUCUAGCAUGUCAACACAGCCCUAGCUUGACGUUUAUGUGUGUGCAUGUCUGGUCGUCUCAGAUUUCACCUUGUAGUAAAACUAUUUAAUCUCUUGGCUCAGCAAUAUAUCACUUACAGUUCAAGAAAGGUAUCAUUACAUUAUGAUAUAAAGCUCCUCUCAGAAUUAAAGGCAGUGUAUUUUUCCAUUAACAUAUUUGAUGGAUCUUUCCAUUGAUAUGGCCAGCCCUUGCAGUUUCCAUUAAAUGUUUCCAUUUCCUGAAAACGUAAAAGUUACCAUUUGUAAUAUUUUUUUCCCUUGUUCUUGUGUGUGUUUUUUAAGCUUAUGUGGAGAGCAUGGCUUUGCUUACAGUUUUGGCAUAUUCAUUUUUAAAUAUCAUAUAAUACACUACUUGCUUUAUACUGUUAAACUUGAGGCGACAGCCAUUUAUGGGUAGAAAGAUAUGCUUGGUGGAAACUCCCACGUUCAAGCAUCAUUUCCUUUUUAGAGACAUCAAAGAUCUGACUGAGUUGGCAAUAAAAGUAAAAAAAAAGAAAAAAAAUAAGAAGAUGAAGUAAAUGCUCAUUUAGAUUAGCUGAUGGUAAGACUUAAAGGUAGAGAGGUCUAGUGUGAAGUCACUAUAACAACAGGAUAAAAACAAAAGAAAAAACAACAGACAAAGCAGGAAACAGGCGUUACAUAAAGCCUAUGUUGAUUUACCUCGACAACCAUGAGCAGCAACUUUCUUUGCGCUCUUCUCAUCCUUGCCUUCCUGGAAUCAGGCAAAUCAAACAGUGGUGUAUCUAUUAGUCACAGUCGAGAUGGAGAUGGCCAGGCCAUUACCUGUGUCCUCUCAGGAGACGAAAACAUGACACAAAUCAACUGGGAGAUGCUAAGAGGCCCGAAUCGCACGAAAGUGGGCACGUAUCACCCACAUUUUGGAAUUUACAUAAUGAAAGAAUAUGAGACUAAAGUAAAGAUGGAGGGCAAAAAAUCUCCUUAUCCAUCAUCAUCCCUUCUCAUUAAAGUAGCAUCAAAUGAGAGCGUGCUAAUCUGUUGUGCGUUCAUAACAUUUCCUUCGGGUAAACUUGAGCAGUGUACUGAUAUUAGCAAGAAAGAUGUCAGUGUCAACAAGUCUAUUAUGAAAGAUUUUACAUAUGUGGAACCAGAACCAAGGCUGGGAUUAUUUGGAAAUUUGGGUGCAAUGAUCAUUGGAACUAUUCUCUCCCUUUUUAUCCUGACCAUCCUUUUCUAUUUAUGCAGAAAAAACAGCUGUAGAAGGAAGAAGUCUUUUAAAAUACGAACAUACUUGACAGACUCACCGGCUGAGACAUUUGCUGAAGAAUCAGAUGAUGCACCAGCUUCUCAAAGUUCUGCAAAUGGCUUUGACCCCUCAAAACUUUAUGCCAAGAUCAAAAAAGACCUUUUCUAUGGCCGGCUGUGGAAGUCUUACCAAGGCCAACCCAAACCAUGGACCCAAGGUACCAUGACUGAUCAAGGACACGUUUACCACCUGUUAGGACAGAGUCCCGUACCACAAAGAAAUGUGGAGGGCAGCCCCUUGAGGCCAGAAACAACAGAAAAUUCAGAAGAACAUUUCAGUAGUUGUUAGAGUCCAGUCUUUCCAGUGUGAUUGAGAGGAACCUUGUCAUAUUUGUGUAAUGUAAAAUAGCUUAAAGCAGACUUUAAAAGAAAUUAAUUAAUAUUUUUUUUGUUUUGUUCUUUAGUUUAAGGUAAAUAAAUGUUUCUAAAACUGAAUAAACUUUCAUGUGAGAAUCUAACAGA